GAACGAGAAUCCAUUCAAACGCCAUUCCUUAGUACCUACCCCUGAAGACCUUUAAACCCAAAACCAAACAACAACAUGCGAUGCUCAACUCUCGCUGCUUCUGCCAUUGCCUCCUUUGCAUUCCUGCAAUGCAUCGUACACACCGGUUCCCCUGAUGGCGAUCGGCAUCUCAGCCGCGACGGCAGAAGCCAUAACCUCCGGGCUUACAGCGGGCACGAUCGGCGCCGCUACCACCGUCGGCCUCGCCUGCGGCACCGGCAAAUGCAACAACAACAACAGGCGUAUUAGCCGCGCCGCGUUUAUUUAUGCUUCCAAGAUAGCACACGAGAUCGCCGAGCAGCUAAACAUCCCUGCCGACGGAGACGCACAAGGAAUCAUCCCGCCACCGCCUACAGCUCCCGAGGGAGUGUCGCAGUUCGAUAUCGACGCCUUGAACGCGAAUGUCACCAUGAAUGGCCCCGUAGGAGAUAAUCACAUUAGGGUUGAAGGCCUUCCCCAAAUCUGCAUGGUUCUGAGCACUAUUCUUAGUGGCAAGGUCUAUGGCCCUCAACCUGUUCCCUGCGGCAAUGCUUGUAUUGAAUACGCGGGAAUGUCGGUGGAUGAAUACGAGAGCAUUCGUCAUAUUCUCAAUACGCAAGUGCUGAAGAACGGCGAAACUUGA